CAGCUACAAUGAAACAGAACUGUGGAGGAAACCUUAUGUUUAACAUGUAUCUUUCAGAGCCAGCUGAAAAUUUUUUGAAAGAAGGAAAAGCUUCUUCAUGGAGUCCAAUUAAUACCGGGGUGCAAAAAGGUAGCGGACAGAUCCAGCUAUGGCAGUUCCUACUCGAGCUCUUGUCCGACAGCUCCAACAUAACCUGCAUUGCCUGGGAAGGAACCAACGGAGAAUUCAAACUCAUUGACCCCGACGAGGUGGCUAGAAGAUGGGGCGAGCGGAAAAGCAAGCCCAACAUGAACUACGACAAACUCAGCCGCGCUCUCCGAUACUACUACGACAAAAACAUCAUGACAAAGGUCCACGGAAAGCGGUACGCCUACAAGUUUGAUUUCCAUGGCUUAGCUCAGGUGUGCCACCCGUCGUCUGCUGAACAUACCCUCUAUAAGUUUCAGAGUAAUUUUGCCCCGAUUCCAUUUUCUGGGAUUUCUAAACUCAACCUGGUGGCGCCAGGCGUCGGUUCCUCUGGAUUCUCCUACUGGCCCGGUUCUCCACCCAGUCUCUACCACAGCCAUAACCUGCAACCUCCAGGACCGUUUAGCACCGUAACCGCGUCUCACAUCAGCUGUGUUAACAAUAUCAACAAUGUCAGUAAUAUAAGUAACCACUACAACUGAACUUUUUACGUUUUAAACUUCAUAUUUCUCUCACUUCAUAAAAAAACUGUGAAAUUUGUCAAAUAAUGUGGUUAUGCACACGGUAGCAGUCGAAAUUAGGUGAUUACAUGCUGUGCAUUCAAGGCGUUUAAUUAAGGUAUACCUUUCGGUCAUUGGAUAUUUUCCAGAGUCAGUAUUCAUCAAUGUGCAAUUUAUUUAUUACUAUUAUAACUAAAUCACCAAAUACCUUACAGGGCACUUCAACUGUGCGUUUUUGAUAUGGUAUUAAAGCGGCAAGAUUAGGCGCUUGGCUCCCCCUGGUGUUGUAGAUUGGAAUUAGUUGACUUUUUCCUCUGUUUUCUUACCGCUGUGUUUAAUAAAAUAUAUGAUAUGAGUAACUGGUGUAACGCACGAUUUUUUUUCAUUUUUAAUUUUAAUACUUAAAAAAAUGGUUUUGUUUUUUUUUUUCAAAACAUGGGUUAAUGCACAACAAGAUGUCUGCACGCCUGAGUAGACGAAGAACCGUCCGACAUGAACUUGAGUACGUUUGAAAUCUUAUAAUACACGACAUAUACCACGGUAACCACACAUUUAGCUUACACGUUUGUUCUUGACAACGUAAUUUUCACGAUUACGAGCCGAAAACGAUUUUAUUAUUAGAAUUGCUAUGUAACUUUAUUACGGUAUUACGGUAACUAUUUCCUCUCGGCCUGAUAUUUUUAAAGCAAACAUCCUUAAUGCUUCUAAAACAUCCACGAUUAUUUUUACUGUGAGUUUUGAGAAAAUUCGAUAAAGUUUGGUUUUAAAUAACUAUAAUGAGAGUUUAUAACCUUUAAUUUUAUUUUUGGCGAAGUAGGCCUAAUAUAACUAACAUUAAUUAGAAUUUUUUAAAAAUUCACUGCUACUGAGUUUUUACCUCCAAAGUCAAACAACCGAAGCUGCUUCAUUAUACAGUUAAGUCGCUUUAAAGGUUUUUUUUAUUUCUAUAACUGGUAAAAAAAACAGUUUAGAAUCUGUGUGCUGAUUAAUGUAACACAAACUAGUUGAUUUUCAGUACGUUUUGAUUAGUGCCAGAAAAAUGUUCGAUCGACACUCUUAUACGUCAGAUGAGGGUGAUACGCAAGGAGACCAGGGCUUAUCUUGCUAAGAAACCUACAACUCCCAGGUUUCAGGACGACCAGGGUAUGCCUAUCCGGUUCAAAGCGUUUUUAAACUAAAAAAUGUUUUUCGAGCCACACGGGGGCGCUAUUUGCUCAUGAAUAGUUUGAUAUGAAAACGGAGUCAGAAAAGAGGGGUUAAAAUAAUGAGCACUGUCUCAUUGUAAUGUAACGAAUUGUAACGAAACAGCAGAACAAAAGACAGGGAUUACAGGGGAAAAAAGCUACUAUACAUUUUACUCAUUUGAUUUUUCAAGCUACAUUUAUAGAUUCAUGUAGUAGUUUAACAGAAAAUUAAAUUUGUUUUUCUACAUAUAUGGAUAUUAUUCAUAUCAUCGCAAAACGAAACUUCUACACCAAGAGCAAUACUAAUUGUUAGUUUUCAUUUAGGUUCUUCUCUUUCUUUCUUGAUCUGACUGAUAUUCAUUUCCAAAUAUCAUCUUUUGAAAGCCUGGGUAAUAUUUCUAAGUGGAUGCCAAGUGACAAUAAGAAACCAUUCUUAUUUUAUAUGGGAUUAUCAUUUCCAAAUGUUCUGGCAAAGUCUUUAUCCUGAAUAUUGAUGGUACCUUUUGUUAAUAAUGUAUGCUGCUUGACAGUAAAGUUGCUACAGCCAUUUAUUUCAUUAAACAAAAACAUUUACUGGAUGGGCACAGAUGGACGGAUUAUGUUGCACACAGAAUGGAUACAGUAUCUCAUUGAUUUUAUUUUAAAAUAUCAAAAAUCAGUCCUGUUAAAUUGCAAAUAAACCAUUGUGUUCAAACAGAAACCACGCAGAAAUCAUCUUGAAAUGUUGCUAAAUGUUUUAAAAUGCUUAUAUUACUUUUAAAGCUAUUCUGUCCUUUUAUAUGACCCUCAUUUCCAGUCAUAAAGCAGACCCCCCCCCCGCACCCCGUCCCUCAGUGAUGCAGUGAUUUAGCGGCACUGGUGGGUGCUAUAGCAACCAUCUUCAAACCAUUUCCUGUUGAGACUGGUUGAGAUUGGCUAACGUGCUCUGCAUUCACUGCCAUCUGGGUGACAAAUAUUCAAUAGUAUUAUUGAUUCAUAUUAAAAUAGACAUACACACAUGUAUAAUAUAUUGUCUUUGUUAUGGCUAAAAUGUUACAAUGUAUUUGUAAAGAAGAUUAGGAUUGUAAAAGGUGUUUUAUACGUAUUAAGAAAUAAAAUGAAAAGAAAAGAUGAAUCAGGGUUAUAGCUGUAUUAG